AUGGAGUCGUUGCAGGAGAAGACGCACCCAGCCGGCGACGAGUCGCCCCCAGCUGCUCGGAUCUCCACGGCUUCGGACCAGAGACCUGCGACGUCGAAAAUGGAUCUUGCCGCGUUCGAUGGAUCAUUCGCUCCGGGUGUGCGGCCCGGCGCCGUGCGGUUGACUCCGUGGUAUCGCAGAAGAGACUAUUUCGUGGGCCAAUGGGUUGAUAUAUCUGUGUGGAAGUCUGCUGUUGUCGAGUUCGUUGCGACUACGUGCCUCGUCUUUCUCUCGGGCCAGAUUACUGCUACCCUGGAAAGCUACCAGACGCCGCAAGUUGGCGGAUAUAUCGGCAUUUCCAACAUCAUUCUGAUAGCGACGUUUAUUUACGCGACGGCUCCUGCUUCGGGAGGACAUCUGAAUCCAAUGAUUACGUUUUCGGCAGUUUUGACUGGUCUCUGUUCCGUGCCUCGAGGCAUUCUUUACAUGUGUGCUCAAACUCUAGGAGGUGCCCUCGCAGGUGGAAUUCUCUUGGGUGUCUGGGGUCCUAAAAGAGCCACGAGCUUGCAAGGUGGCGGUUGUUGGUACGACCCAUCCCAGGCAAACCCCGGUCAAAUCUACCUCAACGAAGUCUUCGCGUCAUUUGUCCUACUAUUUCUGUCCUUUGGUGUCGGUCUCGAUCCUCGACAAGCAGCUCUGUUCGGCCCCCGAAUGGGUCCUCUCCUGGUUGGCGCAUCAUUGGGUCUAGUUUCUUUUGCCACGAGCGGAAUCAUUCCUGGCUAUGCUGGAGCGCAGAUGAACCCGUCGAGAUGCCUGGCCUUUGGAAUCGCAAGGCAAGAUAUGACAUGUGAGUGUGCCAUCGAAACCUUCCCGGUGGUGCCGAACUAG